UAUAAUUUGAUAUAAAAAAUUUUUAACUUUUUUUAACAUAACAAAAAUAUUCAAGAUAAUUAAACAUCAUGUUAUUAGCUACGUGGCUAAUACCGGAUAUUAUUGCUAUUGCAAGUCUUAUCAUUGUUGGAUUGUAUUUAUAUUAUAAAUUAUAUCUUUUUAAAUUUUGGCAUAAAAAAGGAAUAUUUUAUGUUAAACCUAGUUUUCCAACUGGAAAUAUAAUGCCAAUAAUAACUGGUAAAAUAUCAUUAGCCGAGUUCUUUAGAGAUAUUUACGAACAUAAUAAAGAUCAUCCUCUCGUUGGCAUAUAUAUGUUUUAUAAACCUUUUUUGAUUGUGAAUGAUCCUAAUUUAAUUCGAGAUAUAUUGACAAAAGAGUUUACAAGUUUUCAUGAUCGUGGAAUAUUUUGUAAUGAAGAAAUAGAUCCAUUAUCUGGACAUCUAUUUCAAUUACCAGGAAAAAAAUGGAGAAAUUUAAGAGUAAAAUUGACACCAACUUUUACUUCAGGAAAAAUUAAACAAAUUUUUCCGAUUUUAAAAGAAGCUGGAAAUAUCCUUGCAAAAUAUUUAGAAGAAGAAGCACUGAAAGGAUCAACAAUCGAUGUGAAAGAUAUAUUUGCAAGAUAUUCGACUGACAUUAUCAUGUCAGUGGCAUUUGGAAUAUCAUGUGACAGUUUUAAAGAACCAAAUAAUGAAUUUCGAUAUUGGGGAAAGAAAAUAUUCGAUCCGAAACCUUUUUGGAAUGCUCUUAUUUUAUUUGCUCCACAAGUCCUUGAUUUUUUUUCAAUACCAUAUACCGAAAAAAGUAUUAUAAAUUUUUUUACAAAUAUGUUUAAACAAACUGUGGAAUAUAGAGAAUCGAAUAACAUCGAAAGAAAAGAUUUUCUGAAUUUAUUGAUUCAAUUAAUGAAAAAUGGAUAUGUAGAUGCGGAUGAUGAAUCAUUAUCAAAUAACGUAAAUGCUGCAAAAAAUAAGUUAACCAUGAUGGAAGCUGCGGCGCAAGCUUAUGUCUUUUUCUUAGCUGGAUUUGAAACAUCAUCAACUACAGUCACAUUCUGUCUUUAUGAAUUAGCAAAAAAUCAAGAUAUCCAGAAUAAACUCCGUGAAGAAAUUCGAAUAAUGAUUGAGAAAAAUGGCGAUUUGACAUACUGCGCACUAAAUGAUAUGAAUUAUCUUCAUAAAGUGAUUUCUGAAACUUUAAGAAAAUAUCCACCAGUUGUUAUUUUAAAUCGUAUUUGUACAAACGAUAUAAAAUUGAAUACAACAGAUUUUUGCAUACCGAAAGGAACUUCCGUAGCCAUACCUGUUUUUGGUCUUCAUCGAGAUUCUAAUAUAUUUUCUAAUCCAGAAAAAUUUGAUCCAGAACGAUUUUCCGAAGAAAAUAUAAAAACUAGGCAUCCUUACGUAUAUUUGCCAUUUGGUGAAGGACCACGAAUAUGUAUCGGAUUACGAUUUGGUUUGAUACAAACAAAAAUUGCUAUGAUUAGUGCUCUAUUAAAAAAUAAAUUCAAACUUGGACCAAAUACACCAUCUUCUUUGGAAUUCGAGGAAGGAUCCCUCAUAUUAAUAGGAAAAGGAGGUAUACAUCUAAAUAUUGAGCCAAUAUAAUUUUAAUUAUUAAGAAUUUUAAUAAUAUUAUUCUUAGAAGUGAUAUUUGUAAGAUAGUUUUAUAUUUUUCUUAAAAUACUUAUUGUACUUAAUAUUAUUUUAUAUACAUUUUAC